UUUUUGACACCAGCUGACAGCUAGUGGUCGAUACCAUUUUAUUUUACAGUGGUCGUAAUUCUGAUAAAUAAACCAAUAAAAUGGCCUGCAAAAUCUGUGGUCCUAAGCUGUCGCUAUGCGGGCUCGUAUUGAGCGUCUGGGGAAUCAUACAAUUGACUUUGAUGGGCGUCUUCUAUUAUAUCAGAGCAGUGGCUUUGUUAGAAGAUCUCCCUCUUGAAGAACACCACCACUCUAUGGAAAGUUUCAUCACCAACGUUGAGACUGGAUACACUCAGUUCUUUAUGGGAAUCUGUUAUCAUUUCGAAGUGGUCACGCUUUUAGAAGAUGUUGAAGAAGAAGAAUAUGAUGAUUAUGACGAUUUUAUUACGAAAACUUCAGAUAAUUACCAAAAAGUGGCGGUAAACUGUUGGGUUGCCUCAGUAAUAUACGUGCUCCUCAUCGGAGUGUCGUACUGGUGUAUAAGGAAAGCCAAAAAAUCUAUGAAGAUAGAAGCUUUGAAGUUAGAGGAUGACGAGUACGUGUGUACUCCUAAACCGCCUCAGAGGAAGAAACCAAGCAAAGUUAAAUAGUUUCAUAACCU